CUCUCCCAGACGAUUGUCAACACAAACUACACCCCACCAGCUGGGAUGUCCAUAUCUCGAUUACUCUAUGUGACCGAAGACAUUGACCGCAAACCGAUCCCAGCAAGUGCAUUCGUGCUUCUCCCAUACAACAAACCCGAUCCGAACAAGCCGCUCAACACUCUAGUCUGGACUCACGGAACAGCAGGAUGGGGACGCAAAUGCGCGCCAUCCAACCACAAAGAUCUCUACUACGAAUGGCAAGGGCCAUACGCGCUGGCUACAGCCGGUUACGCCGUCAUUGCGCCUGACUAUGCCGGACAAGGCUCAGACAUCCCUCAAGGAUUCAUGUACGAAGCUGGGUUCCUCCAUGCCGCUGAUGUCGCGUAUGGCUUGAUAGCUGCACGUCAGGUCAUUGGAGAGCUACUUUCAAAGGAAUACGUAGUCGUCGGGCACAGCGAAGGCGGAAUGACAGCAUGGCGCACCAACGAACGACUCGCCUUGCCGGGACAAGAGAAUCUGUUGAAAGCAGGCAAAUUCAUCGGGUCUGUCGCCAACUCUCCAGCUCUGCGACCAUUAGACCUAAUCCCAGAAUCGAUUCGACGUGCCAACGGAGGUCCCAUUGGAGAUGCCGUCUCCGUCUUCUUCCUACAGUCCCUCGCGGGUUUGUUCCCCGGACAGUUCAAAGUCGAAGACUACGUCACCGACACCGUUCUCGCUCGAAUCCCACUCGUCAACCAGGGCUGCCUCCUCUCAGGACGAGCGCUGUUCGCGGGCCUGACUGCAGACCAACUUUUCAAGGACUUGAGCUGGUUGAAACACCCUCUCGUCGUCGACUGGCAAAAGCGUUACAACGGCGCUGGUCCGCACGCGCUCGCUGCACCGUUGCUCGUGGUCCAGGGUAUCGAGGACCCUCUCACCUACGCGAACAAUACGGAAUGGGACUUCAAUCAGACGUGCAGCCACUUCCCGGAUUCCAGGGCUACGCUCUUGCUGUAUCCUGGUGCAGAUCAUAACGUUGCGGCUCAGGUGCCGCAGCUCGACUACUUGAAGUGGAUUGCGGAUCGCUUUGCUGGUGUCAAGGUGUCGAAGGGUUGUGAGAUUAGGGAGGUGGAGACGGUUACAACGAGAUAUCGAAAUGUUGGCGCUUUCUACUCAGGAGCUGGUGGUGGUUAAAGGGACUGCAUGUCCGCAAUUACCUGCACAGUGCCCAUGGAGUUGUAUAUAUAAUAGUAUGGAU